AUGCCUUUGACUAAAAAAUGUGGAUGUAAACAUGGAUACAAGGUUAAUCCAAACAAUGAAUUGGCUUGUAUUCGCGAUAUUCUUGAACCGAUUGAACCUCUUUGUCCUCGAAACGAUGAUUGUCUUGAUGGUUCAGACGAACAAGAUGAAAACGGGCAUUCCUGUUUCAAAGAAGUGGAAUGUCCAGAAGCAACAAUUCGUUGUAAUAACACCAAGAAGUGUAUUCCAGUUCAGUAUGCUUGUGAUGGGGAUAAUGAUUGUGGAGAUUUUUCUGAUGAAGAUCAACGCUUUUGUAAAGAUGGCCAACGUCCACAAUGCGGUGCCAAAAAGUUCCAGUGUGACAAUAAUAGGUGUGUUCCCGAACAAUGGCGGUGCGACUCCGAUAAUGAUUGCGGAGACGGGAGUGACGAAAAGCUCGAACUUUGCCACAAUGCCACUUGUUCUUCUAAUCAAUUUACUUGCGCGAAUGGUCGCUGUAUUCCUGUUUAUUGGCUUUGCGAUGGGGAUAAUGAUUGUUAUGAUGCAACUGAUGAGGACCCAGAACGUUGUCCUCCAGUACAAUGUCGGCCAGAUCAAUUCCGAUGUGCGAGUGGUCGGCAAUGCAUACCAUUAGCGUACUUUCUAAAAAAUUCUCUUGAUAAUUUAACUAUUUUCCCCUUUAGAAAUCAUUGCGAUUCACAAGAUGACUGCAAUGAUGCUUCGGACGAGGAAAGUUGUUUGCCACGUGAAGGCAAUUGCGCCGCUGACCAAUUUAAAUGUGUUACCUCCGGUAUUUGUAUUCCCGCGGCAUGGAAAUGUGAUGGACAAGAAGACUGUGAUGAUGCAAGCGAUGAACCACGUGAAACUUGUCAACUUCAACAUGUCACGUGUCCUAAAGAUCAUUUCCGUUGCACAAACGGACGUUGCAUAUUUUCGACUUGGGUUUGUGACUCUGUAAAUGACUGUGGAGACAAUUCUGAUGAGCAAACCUGCCCAAACAGUGCUUCGCAAUUUCUUUACAAAUGCCCCUUCGAUACUGUUUCUUGCCGUAAUGCUCCUGAACAAUGCAUUCAUUAUUCAAAUCUUUGUGACGGAAAGCCUCAUUGUGUUGAUGGAUCUGAUGAAGGUGGACGCUGUUCAAGAGGUGGCCGUUUCUCGACUUGUUUAAGUGUUUCAUUCUUUUAUUUAGACUUGUGCUCUGCUGAUCGAGCAGGAUGUCAAUAUAAAUGUCACAACUCGCCCGACGGACCUAUUUGCUCCUGUCCCCUUGGAGAACAACUUGUUAAUAAAACGAGAUGUGAACCUGAGAAUGAAUGCCUAGAUCCUCGCUCAUGGUAA